CUUCACUUGGAAACGCGGCAUGUUCAAGCUCUAACUGUACGGUGCAAAGUCGUCAUAUCAGUUAACAAAAUGGAGAGUGUUGUGAGUCGUUGUGUCUGGUUGGUCACCAUACUUGCACUCUUACACGGCCAAGCUCAAGGUCAACUCACACCUAUUGCGCCAGGUUGCAGUGGGAUAUCUAGAGUUUACAAAAUGGAGAGUGUGGUGAGUCGUUGUGUCUGGUUGGUCACCAUACUUGCACUCUUACACGGCCAAGCUCAAGGUCAACUCACACCUAUUGCGCCAGGUUGCAGUGGGAUAUCUAGAGGUACACACUUCAUCGUUGGCUUUACUGAUAACUUCCAAGACACGGACUUAUCAAGCAGAGAGCUAUUCAUUUUAGUGGUUGCAUUCAAUAAUCAGCAAACCACAAGUGUGACCAUAAGCAGUAAACAUCCAGUUGGUGGCAAGCCCUUCACAGAAACCUUUGAUGUAGAUCAAAGUGGAUUUAAACAAGUGCGGGUGCCUGUAGAACUGACAAUGGCUGACACUGAAAGAAGCUUCAAAACCAUCGAUAUAUCUGCGACAAACGAGGUCUCUGCAUACGGUUUAAUGUAUCAGGACUUUACAACGGACGCCUUCCUCGGUAUUCCAACGAACAAUCUUGGUAUGCAGUACGUAGUGGUAACGCCAACAGGUGACCGUCCUGGCCAUUUUGCCAUCAUUGGAACUGACACAGACUCCACCAACGUUCAAGUGACAAUGCAAGGAACUGCAACAUUUGAAGGAAGGUCAUACAGCCGAGGUGACAUUCUGAGUUUUACGUUAAGUUACCAAGAAGCCGUGCAGAUACAAAGUGCGGAUGACUUAACCGGGAGCAUCAUUCAAGCUGACAAACCAGUUGCAGUGUUCAGUGGCAGCGAAUGUGAAAACAACCCUGGCUCUUAUUGCGAUACGCUAACGGAGCAGCUGGUACCCGUUAAGAGUUGGGGGCAGGAGCACAUUUACACCGCAUCCCGAUCUACAGACACCAACCAAUACUACAUUGUUUCCUACUUUCCAGGAACUAAUGUUUCAAUCCCGGGUCUUGGGACUCUAACAUUAAAUGCAGGAGACUCAUGGGAAGGAAUUCUACCUGGCUCUGGUUUAGUUACCUCAACCAGGCCGAUUCUGAUGAUGCAGCAACUAGCGACAAUUAACGGCGUUCCUGUCGAUCCUUCCCUGAUACAGGUACCGGCUGUAGAGCAGUUUGGGUCUAGGUUUGGGUUUACGACGCCUCCUUAUUCUGGAGGUAAUGAAGAGGGUUUCUUUAAUUUCAUCACCAUUGUCGUGAAAAGAGAUGCACGUCAAACUGUCUACCUGAACGACGCCCCAAUCAGCGUUACUGACGGCAUCCUACCCAUAGAUGAGCACGAUGUUCCUGAAUCUGACUACAUCUCAAUUACUAUCCAAGUACCUAGAGGGGAAGGCGUUUAUUACGUAGACAGUCAGUCGUCACCAGUGUCUGUUAUUGUAUAUGGUUUCGAGUAUGCUGAGACAUACGGUUACGCUGCAGGUUUGUCCCUGAAUAGUAACAAGCAGCAUCUGAGUUUCACACCAUACUUCCUGAGGGAGCUUGGUAGAGAAAGGUUCAGUAUCACUGUACCUUGCGUCCAAGGAAGUAACGAUGUUAGUAAUGAUCGAAAGUGCAAAUUCUCUACAGGUGUUGGAGAUGUUGUGGUUGAUGGUGUUCGAACCGGCAGCUAUACUCUUGAAUGCAUUACCCCUGCCUUCUACAAGAAUGGUCUGACAGCAGUCUAUGUAUCCCUAGAUGGUGGUAGCACCUUCCCAUACUCUGGUGUCGUUUAUAUUCCAUCAGAAGAAGACCUUCCACCACUCGUUACUGUCCAGCAGAUGAACCAAGAAGCCAGUAGCCGUGUCGUUGAUCUCAACUCAGCUGACCCAAUCUUAAUUUCCUGGGAUCGCACAUUAGUCGGGGAUGACGUUUCCCAAGUAACGGUGAUGGUUCGAGUUUCAAGUUACAACACUGAUGGGUUUCCAGUUCUAAUGGAAGGAGUUGCUGUGAAAAGUAAUGUUGUCAACAAUGGCACUCUUCAUAUUCCUGGCCUGGACUUGAAAACAGUAAUCAAUCCCACAAGUGACGAACCUUCUCUUGUAGCGUUUUAUGUCACUCAAUACAAACAGCGGCGUCGAAGGGACAACGUUUACGCUCUAAGAAUCUAUUCUGGGUUAAUGCACGUAAUCAAAUCAGUUGCAAAUAUCCCAUGUUCAGUUUUCAGUCGUCAGUUGGAUGAUGUUGCUUCUGGCUUAGAUCCAUGCCCCUGUACUUCAAAUCAAGCAAAUGUGAAUUCGCUAAACUUUGUGGAAGCAAACUUCUUCAAUUCCUUUUUCCACCCCGGGGCGAAGAACUGCUUUAGGUCGACCACAUCCUCGUCAACAGGUUCAGGUCAGCAGUGUUGCUAUGGUGAUAAUGGAGACAUCCUGGUCGGCUCCCCUGGAGGAGGAACAGCCGAUAGAUUCGCACCUGGGGAUCAUUUCUGGCUCCAUCAAUGGUAUGACGUCUUGCCAUGGCUCGGAUGCUGCAAACUGUCCGACAACUGUGAGGCGUAUUACGACAAACGACCAUCAGAUGAUUGCUCUGAGUACGUCCCUCCUCGACCUGCUGGAGGUACCGGAGACCCUCAUAUCACGAGUCUCGACGGGAAGAGGUUCACCUUCAACGGAGCUGGAGAGUUCCUGAUGGCUUCAUCGGUUCUUCAUAACCUGACCUUCCAAGCCCGUAUGGAAGUCUACCGAGAUACCAAAGCAUCAGUGUAUACUGCAGUCGUCAUUCAGACCAACGAUUCCGCGAAGGUGCAGGUGCAGAGGUCCAACAUGAACCAGACCAUGAUCCUUGUAGAUGGUGAAACGAUACUCAAGGAUUCCAGCCCAAUUCCAGUUCAAUACCACACGGGCCUUCGAAUCAGCUUCAAUCGAGACUUAUCAGAGAUCAAAAUCGCUUUGAAAUCUGGUGUUGCUGUCAUCGUUUACGUCAAACCAGAAGUGAUGUCUUUUAUUGCUCAACUGGACACAAAGUUCAAAGGUCAAGUUAAUGGGCUGAUGGGUAAUAUGAAUGAAGACCCGGAUGACGAUUUACAAUAUCUGAAUGGCUCUUCAUUAAACACUAAUGCAUCGCUGUAUGAGAUUCAUGAAUUAGGGUUGGAGUGGUUAGUUGCCGAGGAAGACUCCAUUUUCACCUACAUUUCCCCUUACGACUACAAAACGUACCUAUUCCCUAAAUUCUCCCCAAAUCUCGUCACUCCUGAUCCAAAUCUAAUCAGUCAAGAAAUCAAGGACCUCUGUGGGGAGUCAUUUGAAUGCAUUUUCGACGCCAUGACGACUGGUAGCCUGUCGUUUGCCAACGAAACCCUCCUGGUAACCGGUAUCUUAGAGACUAUACAGUUGAUGUCCUCCAUUAAAAUUGUCACUUGUGGAUUUCCGGGGAAAGUAGAGAAUGGGAAAAUAAAUGGGUCAGUUUACUUGGAGAAUUCCACCCUAAGGGUCAGCUGUGACGGAGGGUUUUACCAACAGGGGUCUGCCUCACUCUGGUGUCAGGGUGAUGGUCAAUGGUCUUCCGAUCUGCCUGUGUGUGUUGCAGAACCAAUCAAGGUCGCAGUUGUUUUACUCAUUGCUCUCGCUAGUUGUACUGCUACCGUCAUGGCUGUUUUGUUGAUAUGGGCCAUUCUUCACGUAAAAAAAACAUGUAAGCCUACCCAGGUCGAAUGCGAACUUUACAAAAUGAAGAGCGUGGUGAGUCGUUGUGUCUGGUUGGUCACCAUACUUGCACUCUUACACGGCCAAGCUCAAGGUCAACUCACACCUAUUGCGCCAGGUUGCAGUGGGAUAUCUACAGGUACACACUUCAUCGUUGGCUUUACUGAUAACGCCCAAGCAAAAUACACAAGCAGAAAGCUGUUUAUUUUUGUGGUUCCCUCCAACAAUCAGCAAACCACACGUGUAACCAUAAGCAGUAAACAUCAAGUUGGUGGCAGGCCCUUCACAAAAACCUUUGAUGUAGAUAAAAAGGGAUUUAAGCAAGUGAGAGUGCCAGUGGAACUGACAAUGACUGGCACUGAAAGAAGCUUCAAAUCCAUCGAUAUAUCUGCGACAAACGAGGUCUCUGCAUACGGUUUAAUGUAUCACGAUCAUUCAACGGACGCCUUUCUAGGUAUUCCAACGAACAGUCUUGGUAUGCAGUACGUUGUGGUAACGCCAACAGGUACCCGUCCUGGCCAUUUUGCCAUCAUUGGAACUGACACAGACUCCACCAACGUUCAAGUGACAAUGCAAGGAACUGCAACAUUUGAAGGAAGGUCAUACAGCCGAGGUGACAUGCUGAGUUUUACGUUAAGUUACCAAGAAGCCGUGCAGAUCCAAAGUGCGGAUGACUUAACCGGGAGCAUCAUUCAAGCUGACAAACCAGUUGCAGUGUUCAGUGGCAGCGAAUGUGAAAGAAACCUUGACAUGCAACCUGCAUGUGAUACUCUAACGGAGCAGCUGGUACCCGUUAAGAGUUGGGGGCAGGAGCACAUUUACACCGCAUCCCGAUCUACAGACACCAACCAAUACUACAUUGUUUCCUACUUUCCAGGAACUAAUGUUUCAAUCCCGGGUCUUGGGACUCUAACAUUAAAUGCAGGAGACUCAUGGGAAGGAAUUCUACCUGGCUCUGGUUUAGUUACCUCAACCAGGCCGAUUCUGAUGAUGCAGCAACUAGCGACAAUUAACGGCGUUCCUGUCGAUCCUUCCCUGAUACAGGUACCGGCUGUAGAGCAGUUUGGGUCUAGGUUUGGGUUUACGACGCCUCCUUAUUCUGGAGGUAAUGAAGAGGGUUUCUUUAAUUUCAUCACCAUUGUCGUGAAAAGAGAUGCACGUCAAACUGUCUACCUGAACGACGCCCCAAUCAGCGUUACUGACGGCAUCCUAUCCAUAGAUGAGCACGAUGUUCCUGAAUCUGACUACAUCUCAAUUACUAUCCAAGUACCUAGAGGGGAAGGCGUUUAUUACGUAGACAGUCAGUCGUCACCAGUGUCUGUUAUUGUAUAUGGUUACGAGUAUGCUGAGACAUACGGUUACGCUGCAGGUUUGUCCCUGAAUAGUAACAAGCAGCAUCUGAGUUUCACACCAUUCUUCCUGAGGGAGCUUGGUGGAGAAAGGUUCAGUAUCACUGUACCAUGCACCCCAGAAAUUAAUGAUGUUAAUGUUGAUCGAAAGUGCAAAUUCUCUACAGGUGUUGGAGAUGUUGUGGUUGAUGGUGUUCGAACCGGCAGCUAUACUCUAGAAUGCAUUACCCCUACCUUCUACAAGAAUGGUCUGACAGCAGUCUAUGUGUCCCUAGAUGGUGGUAGCACCUUCCCAUACUCUGGUGUCGUCUAUAUUCCAUCAGAAGAAGACCUUCCACCACUCGUAACUGUCCAGCAGAUGACCCAAGAAGCCGGUAGCCGUGUCAUUGAUCUCAACUCAGCUGACCCGAUCUUAAUUUCCUGGGAUCGCACAUUAGUCGGGGAUGACGUUUCCCAAGUAACGGUGAUGGUUCGAGUUUCAAGUUACAACACUAAUGGGUUUCCAGUUCUAAUAGAAGGAGUUGCUGUGAAAAGUAAUGUUGUCAAUGAUGGCACUCUUUAUAUUCUUGGCCAGGACUUGAAAACAGUUUUCAAGUCCACAAGUGACGGACCUUCUCUGGUAGCGUUUUAUGUCACUCAAUACAAACAGCGGCGUCGAAGGGACAAUGUUUACGCUCUAAGAAUCUAUUCUGGGUUAAUGCUCGUUAUCAAUUCAGUUUUGAAUAUCCCAUGUUCAGUUUUCAGUCGUCAGUUGGAUAAUGUUGCUUCUGGCUUAGAUCCAUGCCCCUGUACUUCAAAUCAAGCAAAUGUGAAUUCUGUAGGCUUUGUGAAAGCAAACUUCUUCAAUUCUUUUUUCCACCCCGGGGCGAAAAAUUGCUUUAGGUCGACCACAUCCUCGUCAAUAGGUUCAGGUCAGCAGUGUUGCUAUGAUGAUAACGGAGACAUCCUGGUUGGCUCCCCUGGAGGAGGAACAGCCGAUAGAUACGCACCUGGAGAUCAUUUCUGGUUCCAUCAAUGGUAUGACGUCUUGCCAUGGCUCGGAUGCUGCAAACUGUCCGACAACUGUGAGGCGUAUUACGACAAACGACCAUCAGAUGACUGCUCUGAGUACGUCCCUCCUCGACCUGCUGGAGGUACAGGAGACCCUCAUAUCACGAGUCUCGACGGGAAGAGGUUCACCUUCAACGGAGCUGGAGAGUUCCUGAUGGCUUCAUCGACUCUUCAUAACCUGACAUUCCAAGCCCGUAUGGAGGUCUACCGAGAUACCAACGCGUCAGUGUAUACUGCAGUCGUCAUUCAGACCAACGAUUCCGCGAAGGUGCAGGUGCAGAGGUCCAACAUGAACCAGACCAUGAUCCUUGUAGAUGGUGAGAUGAUACUCCUGGCUUCCAGCCCGAUUCCAGUUCAAUACCACAAGGGGCUUCGAAUCAGCUUCAAUCGAGACUUCUCAGAGAUCAAAAUCGCUUUGAAAUCUGGUGUUGCUCUCAUCGUUUACGUCAAACCAGAAGUGAUGUCUUUUAUUGCUCAACUGGACACAAAGUUCAAAGGUCAAGUUAAUGGGCUGAUGGGUAACAUGAAUGAAAACCCGGAUGACGAUUUACAAUAUCUGAAUAGCUCUUCAUUAAACACUAAUGCAUCGAUGUAUGAGGUUCACGAAUUAGGGUUGGAAUGGUUACUUGCCGAGGAAGACUCCAUUUUUAAAUACAUUUCCCCUUACGACUACAAAACGUACCUAUUCCCUGAAUUCUCCCCAAAUCUCGUCACUCCUGAUCCAAAUCUCAUCAGUCAAGAAAUCAAGGACCUCUGUGGGGAGUCAUUUGAAUGCAUUUUCGACGCCAUGACGACUGGUAGCCUGUCGUUUGCCAACGAAACCCUCCUGGUAACCGGUAUCUUGGAGACUAUACAGAUAUACUCCAUUAAAAUUGUCAGUUGUGGAUUUCCGGGGAAAGUAGAGAAUGGGAAAAUAAAUGGGUCAGUUUACUUGGAGAAUUCCACCCUUAGGGUCAGCUGUGACGGAGGGUUUUACCAACAGGGGUCUGCCUCACUCUGGUGUCAGGGUGAUGGUCAAUGGUCUUCCGCUCUGCCCUUGUGUGUUGAAGAGUCAAAACAGAUCAAUGUCGUUGUUGUUUUACUCAUUGCUCUCGCUGGUUUUACUGUUACCGUAUUGAUGAUAUGGGCUCUUUGUCCAAUCAAGGAAAAAUAAUAAUCCUGCUUAGCCUAAUUAAGGGCACGGGACCUCAUUGUUAGCAUAAACUGAUUGGUAAUGAGCAAUGGUGAGCUGUUGAAUUAAACGUAGUAUUCGAGAUUUGUCCUCAAUAAAAUAAUUGCAUCUGAAAACACACACAGUUGUGCAUAAAAGGGGCUUUUUCUUUCAUUAUUUUCUGGCAAC